UCCGUGUCUGGCCAGUACGUGGCCAUCAGCGAUCCCGUGUUGUUCUGCUUUUGGCGUGCUCAGCUUUUUGAACUUCAACAUGUUUCGAUUUUGUCUGUUGAUUUCGCUCCUGGCGCUGAUUCGUGGCGGUCCCAUCCCGAACAACCCGAUCAACACCACCAUCUUCAACAUUGAGUCGUUCUUCGAGCACUCGCUCGGAAACCUGGCCGGUUCCUUGAUAUCCCACCACAAAGCGAACUCCACCGAGCACUACCAAUCGGCGGACGGCAGCGUACAGGCCGAGGUCGAACCACUAAAUCUGUCCCUACUCCAGGGAAUCGCCUUCCACCCUAGCAAUCACCAACUGAUCACGGAACAAGCGACCACGCUGUUCAACAACGCCACCGAAGAAGUCGACCUGGUCAAGGUUGAUCUAGCUCUGGCGACGACUAGCAGCAACAACACGCUCAAGUCGAUCCCGUCGACGAUCGUCAGCGGAACUACGGCUAUAACUACGGAGCAAGUGACCACAACUACUUCGAGUUCUAGUACGACGACAACGACGACGGCGGCUCCCACAACCAAGAGCGUCCCAGUGGUCAUCGUAACAGCGGUGACCGAGUCGGCAACCACAGCUGGUAACGUUACGACGGAAGCAGCGAAACCGUCUACGACGGAUGACGUCAGCGUCAAGAUUAAGGAGGUCGAAGCGGAACCGGUGAUACUUUCCAGUGGGGUUUAGUUUUGGCGCUGUGAUUACUUUUGGUGUAACUUAUUCCAAUAAAACAAAUUAUUGUUAUUUUGUA